AUGUCUAGUGGGAAUAGAGGCGGUGGAAGAGGUGGCCGUGGCAAUUAUGGACCUCGGGGAGGCAGCGGCAGUUUCCGAGGCGAUAGAGGCGGACGUGGUGGACGUGGUGGAGGUGGAAGAGGAGGGUAUGGAGGGCCGACUGGCAGUGGUCAACAAACUAUCCAGGUCUUUCCCAACUCUCAAGGCCAAAACCCCCAGGUUACAAAGGUCGAAGAUGCAUUGCACCCAGCAACAAAGCACAAGCUCGAUCUUAGUAGCCUGAAGCUAACCGAAGGCUUUCCCGGCCGCCCGGGGUAUGGCACCCGGGGCACCAAGGUUGAACUCACGGCAAACUACGUCGAAUUAUUGCCGCCGUCGAACAUGACCCUACAUCGAUACGAUAUACAGAUCAGCCCAGUAGCUGCUGGUAAGAAGCAUUUCCGGGUUGUGCAGCUACUGCUCCAGGCGCCGGAAUUGGCCCCUCUACAGGGCGAUAUUGCAACAGAUUUCAGGUCUACUCUCGUCUCCAAAACUAAGCUUUUUCAGGACGAGGUCCUCGUUGAGGUCCCCUAUCGCUCAGAAGGUGAAGACGAACCGACUGCUAGGGCUACCAUAUAUAAUGUUCGCGUCCAGUAUACGAAAACUUUAAAUAUCGGCGAGUUGGUCAACUACCUGAACUCAACAAGCCUCAGCCAGUCAUUGCUAGAUAAGCAGGAGUUGACGCAGGCUCUGAAUAUCUUUCUGAACCACUACGCCAAAUCCUCAAAGAACCUUGUCACAAUUGGAUCGACAAAGAGCUUUUCUCUCAGCAGCGACGCAGCAAGAGGAGACAUCGGCUCCGGCUUGGAAAUCAUUCGAGGCUUCUUUUCGAGCGUGCGCGUAGCGACUUGUCGCAUUCUCGUCAACAUCAACGUCAGCCAUGGAGCAUUUUACCAUGCUGUUCCUUUACCGGGGCUCAUGAAAAGUUACGGACUUCGCAGCACCGUCAUGUUGGAAAGGUUUCUCAAAUUGGUUCGGAUACAGACUAUGCAUCUUCCCGAGAAGCGUAACAAAGCCAACGAAGUUGUUCCCCGCGUCAAGACUAUCUUCGGGCUGGCUAGGAAGGACGAUGGACAUGGCUUGGCCCACCCACCGCGCGUUAGACAGCACGGGGCAGGUGCCAAAGAUGUGGAGUUCUGGCUCGAUGGUGAAGCCAGCUCCUCUAGCGCACCUAAGCCGGUAGCCAAGGGAGGCGCGAAAGGGAAGGGCAAAGGGAAGGGUAAGGCCCAGGCAGAGGGCUCAGCCGCUUCUACCACUGGGAGGUAUAUUACUGUGUUUGACUUUUUCAGGAUAACAUACAAUCGAGUUCUACAAGACCCCCAGCUUCCGUUGGUUAACUGUGGCAACCGGGACAAUCCGAUGUAUCUCCCAGCUGAGGUCUGCCUUGUCCUCCCGGGUCAGACUUCCAAGUCGAAACUUGACAGCGCUCAAGCGCAGCAUAUGAUUCGCCACGCUGUUCGAAAGCCGUGGGAAAAUGCGGCCGCGAUUGUUAGGGAGGGUGUGCAGACUGUUGGUCUAGAUGAGAACGCCAAUGUACUUUUGCGUUCUUUUGGCCUGAAAAUCACACCGGGACUUAUCAAAGUCCCAGGUCGCAUCCUUUUUGGUCCAAAGGUUAUCUACAAGAACAACAAGGCUGCUGGUCUCCGCUUCGGUAGUUGGAAUAUGUCGGAUAUUAAAUUUAACAUUGGCGCGUCACUUGCUAAAUGGUCAUACCUGAUGGUCUCUAUUCCUGGGAUACGCGACUCUUUCGAUCAGCAAAGCCUGCGGGCCGUUAUGGAUGAGUUCCAUGCCGCCCUGCAGAAAAUUGGCGUCAACGCAGCUCAACCGUUUCCAGGUCAACGCCUCCAACUUCAACAUCCAGACGAUCCCGCGCUCGACUCAGCUUUACAGCGUGCCGCUGGAGCUUUAGAUCUGCUUUUCAUCAUCCUGCCCGGAGCAAACAUACCAUUAUACAAGCGCAUCAAGACGAUCGCCGACAAGAACUAUGGUAUCCACACUAUCUGCUCGGUGGGUUCCAAACUAGCGAAAGACCGCGGCCGCGACCAAUAUAUGGCCAAUGUCGCUUUGAAGUUCAAUCUCAAGCUCGGCGGCAUCAAUCAGAUGGUGGAGAACAAGAAUCUCGGUAUCAUCGACCAGAACAAGACGAUGAUUGUCGGCAUCGACGUCACGCAUCCUUCACCUGGCUCGUCUUCCAACGCGCCUUCUGUCUCUGCAAUGGUGGCCUCCAUUGACAAGUUCCUAGGCCAAUGGCCCGCAACCUUGCGCAUACAGCGCGCGAGACAGGAAAGCGUAGACGAUCUCACAGAGAUGCUUAAAUCUCGCCUUGGACUCUGGAAGACCAAGGGCAAACACGCCGCUCUCCCAGAGAAUAUUCUCAUUUACCGUGACGGAGUCUCCGAAGGCCAAUAUGACAUGGUCCUCUCGCAAGAGUUUCCUCAACUCCGCCGCGCAUGCGAACAGAUGUACCCAGCAGCUGACACCAAAAAAGGCCUUCCGCGCUUCACUAUUAUAGUCUGCGGCAAGCGGCACAAAACGCGAUUCUAUCCCAUUACCGAGCAAGACUGCGAUAGGUCUGGCAAUACUAAACCCGGUACCGUCGUUGACCGCGGAGUGACUGAAGCGCGGAACUGGGAUUUCUUCCUGCAGGCACACGCUGCACUUCAAGGGACUGCACGCCCAUGUCACUAUUACAUCGUGCAUGAUGAGAUAUUCCGGCAGAUCUAUGCGAAGUCGAUUCCACUUCCGUUCCAGAGCAUCGCCGAUAUCGUUGAGGAUCUCACACACAAUAUGUGCUACCUGUUCGGCCGCGCCACCAAGGCUGUUAGUCUAUGCCCCCAGCGUACUAUGCUGACCUCGCGUGCGAGCGCGCGCGGUGCUAUUUGGCGAGUCUUUUGA